GCGAAUUUGAGCGAUUGAUGAGACGCCGAACAACUACUUACUGGAUGGGUGUGAGCGGAGCUGCCCUUUUGUAGGCACAUGAGUCAACAUGUUGAGUAUCAUGAGAUCCCGUAUGCUCUGGAACUCUCGUAAAUUCGAUUUCAAGAAGAUGAAGAUGAGCAGCACUUCCACUCCGUGUUCGCCUCCGACGUGCUUGGUGCGGGAUUGACGUGAACAGAAAGGAGGUUAUUCAGUCAAGGAGUGGGAGUAUCGCUCUUGCGUGGCAGCUGGAGGUGCGGUCCGCUGUACCAUGACGGAGGUCUGGUAGGUGACUUUUUCCUGCAUCAUGACUCUUUUUUUUAUUUUUUCCACCCCGCGGCAGGAUUAGGAUUUCGGACUCGAUGUCAUAUUAGCACGUUGUAAGCUUGUGCUUGAUUGUGACGAAUUCACGACGUUCAUAAAACAAAUAUCAUACCACAUACAUCAGGAAAGCCCUCUCCUUCUCCCGUCGUUGCACGGGUCACGCAUUGGCAAGCUGCGUCCUUCUGACCGGGGGCAUUACGUCGGACUGCGUGCUUAUCGUGAGAAAAAAGUGUUACAGUUACACACUCUGAUGGGAGACAAGCAAGACAGACAAGCUCUGUCAUGCAGGAAAUGCUUGCCAACCUCAUUUCAUUCGUGUUUUCCCUUAAUAUAGUUUGCGCAGCACAGGUUUUGUUUGCCAUGUCGAGCAGGUUUGUGAUGCAGAAACUCCAACAAAUGUGUAACUGUAACACUUUUUUCCUGUGAUAGUGCUGCUCGCAACGGAUUUCCUUUCCCGGUUCAUCUCCUUCGUUUUUGGGGCGAAAGUCGAGGACCUGGCGACGCAGGCUUAUCGGAAGGGGAUCUUGAGCUGUACAAACACAGGAGUGUGAAGUUGUUGUAUGUUGCAAUUGUCGAUGUCGAUGCGAAGCGCUGUCUUGUUAUUCAACUACAGGACAAAAUUUUAGCGUCCAAGCACUGGGGCGAGGUUACAGUAGAAGAAGUUAGUACGACAUUCUCUCGAUGUUACCUUCGUGAAGUCUGUAUCUGUAGAUAGUCCGCAACAUGCUCCUGCGCACUGACUGUUGUCCUCCAUACGACCAAUACAAUCUUCCAGCACGAGUACCGUGACUUUUGCGUCGGUUUGUGCCUUCUCAAGAUUCCACACCCAUAACUUUCCCUGCGCCAUCCUGCCGCACCUGGAAGGAGUCCAUGCGGGGCUGCUGAAAUACCGCCAGAAUUCCGAGGGUGCGCUCGGAAACGGCCUGCCCCAGGUACUGGACGAGGCGGAAACUCUCGUACACACUAGAUCAGCGGCUUUCACGACGACAAACUCGUCGUCCCCUGCUGAUGUUUUACCAGCAACCACUACAAGUAUCCCGCUAAACUUCAACCCGCCUGAAGUAGUAGACGUGCGGAACAACGGAGAGAAACUGAUCGCGUUGACGCAGGCCAUUCUGCGUGCGGAGUUCGGCACACUGGAGCCGAGUCUGCUCGCAGAGGACUUUCGCUUCGUUUUUCCCGUGGUGGGGCCGCUCAGCAAGAAGGAGUUUGUCGACGCGUUUUCCAGUUUCCAAGUGCGGAAAACGUUUCCGUACCUGCGGGGGAAUUUUUUCGGGUUCCAAAUAGACCCUCUGGAGUAUGAGAGUGCACGAGAACUUGCCCUGGCUCAUCUCAUCUUGCCCAAAAAAAAAAGGACUCUGUUGUUUCCGAUUUCUCAGUACUAAGUAUGGGUAUGCAUGACAGAUUGUUCAUCUUCGUCCGGCAGCCGAUGCAGCACGGCGAUUCUGUGUGGGUUUGUCAUGCAAAAGCAGUACCACUUCCACUUCCACUCUUGACUUACCGAGAUGUCCAGCAUUGCUGUUCAUUUUAUAAAUUACAGGGCAAAGUAGUUGUGCGCUCUCAUAUUCAGCCGGACCGCGUGUGGUUUUUCUCUCGCGGAGAUAUGUACCAAGCAGGGCCGCUAGAGUUACCAGGCAGAGCAAGCGGAGUACCAAACACUGGACAACAGGAAGAUUCCGUGCCACUGGCGCCGGCAGUAUCCGUCACAAACGACCGCCUUUUUAGCCACACUGAUGCUGGUACUGGUACUGCCGCGUCUCUUGUCUCGAUCUCCAGCCGCAGAAGUUCUUACACAUUGCUAAAGCCAAACCCGCACAAACGCGUGCUCACGCCGGUCCAAGUCCUCAGCAUGAGCUUCCACGCGGACGUAUCCACUGGAAAAGUAUCGUGCUCAACGCACUGAAAUGAAUUGCGGGACAGCAUGACAGAUCUGGCUUUCGUCCUGAUUUAGCAUAUAUCACUAUGCAAAUUCCAUCGCUCCUCUACAAAAAUUUGCAAUGCAGCGUCUACGUCUACCAGUGCGACACUUUUUCCAUGCACGGCGCGGCAAAUGCUACAAAUUCACGGGCGGCUACGUGGCCGACCGCACAGACGGCAACUGCAACGGGCUCGGCGGCUUUUUCGGGGUUUUGCACGCGCUCGGAGUCUAUCAAAUGUAAAAAUGUCUGGGUCUGGAAGAAUGCCAAACGUGUCAUGCAGGUUUUCCAGGACUCAUGAGGUCUGGCAUGUAGGACAUCGCAUGACAGAUUCUGUGAGCGCUCUAUCAUGCCUAUCCUGCAUGAGAAACUGUCUCUCGAUUAGGCUAAAUCUGUUCUAACGCCACCCUGACAGGAGUCAAAUGUCAAAACGAUACGAUGCGAUUAGGUCAAAAGUGCACAACUUUUGCCACUCAUGCAACACAGUUUUUUGCCUGAUUCAGAUUUAGCAUGACAAGUUCCAAUCUUCCAGACCCAGACAUUUUUACAUUUGAUAGGGUCUGGCUGCCCUUUCCCGAGGGGCGGCCGUGGAAACCCAGCCCGUUUUGGCAGGUGUUUGUGUUGCGCGCGCAACAGGUGGUGCGGGAAUGGAGGCAGCUUUGAGGACGUGGACGGGGUGUUUUUCCGAUGUGAAGCAAAGUGCAGAGAAGUAGAAGGACAGUACAUGCACACGAUCAACAUGAUUCAGAAAGUCUUUCUCGUCACCCGCGAGUCGCCUUCUGUCGACGUUCUUGUCACAUUGAUUCACAAACAGAACAAUCGGGCUAGUACUUAUAAUGCAGGGACUUACCAUCAU